ACUACCACCGCCCUAGCAACCCUCAAAAUCCUUAAAAAUCCCAUUUUUAGCGAAGGGAACGAAAAAGAACCGAACUUUACUCCUCGCCGCCAUGACGAAUCAGAAUGUGGUCGUGCCGGAGGCAACGCCAGCUAUCACGGUGGCGGCGGCAGCCAAACCCCCGGUCCUGUUCCCCUACCCCCCGCCUCGCCGUGGUGGCGCCUCCGCUGCAGCCGCUAUCAGGAAGAAGCACCUUUCUCAGGUCGAGCUCGGCGAGAGCUGGACCAACGCGUGGCUGGAGUCGAUGAAAGCUUCCUCUCCCAUCCACGCGAAGGUUGCGGCCAGCGCUGCCGCGGUGCCCAUCAUAGAGCGCGAACAGAAUGAGCACUCAGCAUGGAUCGUGCGGCAUCCAUCUGCUUUGAGUAAGUUUGAGCAGCUCAUGAAAGCCACCAAAGGAAAGCAAAUCGUAAUGUUCUUGGACUACGACGGGACGCUGUCCCCCAUCGUCGAUGAUCCCGACUCUGCAUUCAUGUCGGAUGCAAUGAGAGCUGCCGUGAAGGAAGUGGCAGGGUGCUUCCCCACCGCGAUUGUGAGCGGGCGGUGCCGAAGCAAGUUGUUUGACUUCGUAAAAUUGACCGAGUUGCACUACGCUGGAAGCCAUGGCAUGGACAUCGAAGUUCCCAAAGGAACUAAAUACACCAAGAAGAAAAAAACUGUUCUCUUUCAACCGGCAAGCGAAUUCCUGCCCAUGAUAAAGAAGGUUCACAAAGCGCUGUCGGAGAAGACCAAACCCAUUCCUGGUGCCAAGUUGGAGAACAACAAGUUCUGUGUGUCUGUUCACUUUAGAUGUGUAGAUGAAAAGCAUUGGAGAGUGCUGCUGGAGCAGGUGUGGUUCGUGUUGAAGGAAUACCCCAUGUUGCGGAUCACUCCAGGGAGAAAGGUACUGGAGAUCCGUCCCAUUAUUAAAUGGGACAAGGGGAGGGCCUUGCAGUUCCUAUUAGACUCACUUGGUUUUGCUGACUCCAAAAAUGUAUUGCCUGUUUACAUCGGAGAUGAUCUCACCGAUGAAGAUGCUUUUAAGGUUUUACGUGAUAGAGGCCGAGGCAUUGGGAUCCUCGUUUCAGAGUUUCCAAAGGAGACGAAUGCUUCUUAUUUCCUGCGACGGCCCUCUGAAGUCAUGGAGUUCUUACUUCGCCUGGUGGAGUGGAAGCGCCUCUCUUUGGAGGAUGGCUUGGAGUAGUAAGCACGAAGGGGAUGUGCCAUGGCACUACUACCCCUUUAAAACUUUGGGGUAUGCCUGGGAUUGAAUGAGAUGGGACUUCAUUUCAUCCCGCGUUUAAGAAUAAAAGGAGAGAAAGAGAGAGAGAGAGAGAGAGAGAGCAUUUCAUUAUCCUUUUCUUAUUAUGAGUUCUUUCGGGGUUUGAAAGCGCUGCAAAAAACUUGGCUUUCCUGCCCCUCAAUGAAGCUAAAUUUUGUAAGUAGAACUAUGUACAAUGGAGAAACAAAAGUUAGCUUUCUUGAUCUCUCUGCAAUGGAGAGAGAAAUAGCAUGUUGUUCUUAG